GCAGAAUCAUGUACAUCUUAGUCAAUCUCUUCGUUCUCUUCCUCUUCCAUAGCAGAACUGCCGCGCAGAAUUGCUCGGUUUUGGCUUGCAGCAGCAGCAGCAGCAGCAUCCCAAUUCGCUUUCCUUUCCGUUUGGAAGGCAGUCAGCAACCCGUGAGCUGUGGGUACCCCGGCUUCACCCUAAGUUGUGACGACCAUGGAAGGACAAUCCUGAGACUUCCUCAUUCUGGUGAAUUCUUCGUCCGCGAUAUAAAUUUUCUCACGCAGCAGAUACUGCUCCAUGAUCCGGCGGAUUGCCUUCCUACACGACUUCUUCAGCUGAAUCUUUCGGAUUCUCCGUUUUUGGCCACUUAUUAUGAGAACUACACAUUCCUUGACUGUCCGAUGAAGCUCAAGUCUUCGGCCAUUGGCUGCCUCAGUAACAGUACUCACACGGUUCUUGCAUCUUCGGAUGAGAGCUUUGUGCAGGCUAUGGCCACAGUCUGCAGCAUAAUGGUCAGUCGACCAAUCCCGAUAUCUUGGCCCGUUCAAUAUAAUCAGGGCCUUUCAGAUUACCUGAAUCGGGAUCUUCAGCUCUCCUGGUCUACACCUGACUGUAUGGAUUGUGAAAUGAAGGGUGGCAUGUGUAAUUUUGCGAGCAAGGGCAGUCAAAACAUCGGUUGUUUCAACAUUCCUGCUACAGAUCGAACAAGCAAGGGUCUCUUGAUUUUCAGGAUUGUAUGCCUCACGAUUGCUUUGCCAGCUAUCAUGAGCUCCUUCGGGAUUGGGGUCUUCAUAUGCUGCAAGGACCGAAGACAAGGCAGGAACAGGGCUAACAACCCGCUGCAGAGCAUCGAUCUAGCUGCAGUGAUCCCACAACCAAGUAUUGUGACGGUUGGCCUGGACGAGUCCACCAUCGAAUCUUUCACAAAGAUAGUACUUGGCGAGAGUCUUCGCCUUUCAGGACCCAAUGACAAUAUUUGCCCAAUAUGUUUGGCUGAUUACAAGCCCAAAGAGAUCCUAAGGUGCAUACCGGAGUGUACACACUGCUUCCAUGCAGAGUGCAUCGACGAAUGGCUCAAGAUAAGCAGUAUGUGUCCGGUUUGCAGGAACUCUCCAUCACCAGUCCCUCCCAAUGAUACUUGAUGGAUCUCUAACUUUUUCUUGCUGAACUGGUGUAAAACCUCCAUAACUGAAGGCCAUUUUUCUUCUUUCGAGUUUCUUCGCAGUUACGCUGUUAAUCCUCUUAACCAAACAAAUUAUUUUGAAGAAAAGAUUUGAUUCAGGGCGUAUAUCUGCAGAACAUAAACUGUGCAUCUGCGUAGAGAAUACAUUGAGUCCAUACUUACCUCCGAGAGUUGAUUUGUUAAGAUACUCCUGCUCUUUGAUUGGUCAUGAGACUGGUAUCAGGACUCUGGAGAAAUAACUAGCUAAAUAAUCCUGACGCAAGUCCACAUUACUGUCUGCCAGAGAUGUCCACAAUUCCAAGUCACGAAUAACAAAAGGCAGGCGCAAAUCUCAAUGGAAUUUCAAACAUGUGACUUUGAGAGGCAAAGCCACACGACAUGACACACUUUGGCUAGUACCUCCGCACUUCGACCCUUGCAUUUGCAGUU